AUGGCUACUUUAGUUCAACAGUUGGCUCAGUUUACUUUCAAGAAUCAAACUGCGGGUAAUGUUCCUACAUCCUCUACUCUUUCAAGACCUAUAAUGGUGUGCGAGCUUUGUGGAGGAGAGCAUAAUUCGGGGGAGUGUUAUAAUGUUGAUUCACAAACUACUAUGGAGCAAGUUGAUCUAAUGGGAUAUGGUAGGCAACAACAGUCAUACCCACAACAGGGAGCCUAUAAUCCAAACGCACCAAGGAACCAUCCAGGUUUCUCAUGGAGUAAUCCAGCUGGGGCGGCAAAUCCCCAAAACUUUGGCAACAGAGUUCCACCUCCAGGGUUUCAGGGUCAACAAUAUUAUAGAGGGGGUCAUUCACAACAAUUUAGGCCAACUCAAGGAUACCAAGCUCCUGUUAAUCAGCCUAGGCAAACCUUGUCUAAUGCGGAAGCACCGUCCUCGUCAAAUUUGGAAGCUAUGAUGGAAAAGUUGCUUAAGUCUCAGAUGCAAAGUGAGGAGAGGGUCAUCAAGCAACUAACAGAGAGGGUGGAUCAGCUGAGCGCCCACAAUAAGAUGCUGGAAAAUCAGUUAGCAAAUCAAGCCUCAACCUCCAGUACUAGAGUCACGAGGAAGUUGCCUGCUUGCCCUGAAAAUCCAAGAGAAUACUUGAAUGCCAUUACUACUAGGAGUGGAAAACAACUACAGGAUCCACCUUAUCCCGUCAGUGAACAAUUUUUCAAGAGGAACCAGGAAGUUGAGGCUGAAAAAGUGAAUGAAGAGGUUAUUGUCCAGGACAGGGAGGAUAUAGUUCAAGAGAUUGAGCCCAUGUUGAAGCACACACCACCCCUCUCUUUCCCACAAAAAUUCAAGAAAUCUAAGGUAGAGGAAAGAAGGGCAACAUUUUUGAGUUUGAUUAAGCAAUUGGAUAUCUCUAUUCCAUUGCUUGAUGCCAUCACCGAGAUCCCUUCAUAUGCCAGAUUUUUGAAGGAGAUUUUGUCUAAUAAAAGGAAAUUUGAAGAUCGUGAGACAGUGGCAGUCAACGAAGAAUGCAGUGCUUUGAUCCAAAACAAGCUGCCCCCUAAGCUUAGGGAUUCUGGGAGUUUCUCAAUUCCUUGUGUUAUUGGAGGAUCCCUAGUCCAAAGAGCUUUGUGUGAUUUGGGGGCGAAUGUGAGUUUGAUGCCAAACUCUUUGUGUAAGAAGCUACAACUGGGAGAGCCAAAACCCACGUCUAUGACUCUUCAGUUGGCAGAUAGAUCCGUGAAGUACCAGUUGGAGUUCUAG